ACGCCUCGCUCUUGCCCCAGCUCGGGGAGCUAGGCAGGGCCUACCUCGCCGCCCGGGCGGCGCUUGGGGCGGCGCCUGAGUGGCUCUUCCAGCUGCCCGGCGAGCGGCGGCCGCUGACGCGCCACAUGGCGGGCUGGGUGAGCGAGACGCUCGACGAGGAGGGCGUGCGGGCUCCGGCCGGCUUCGUCUACCUCGGCCACUCGCUGCGCUCUGGCGGCUCGAGCGCCGCGGAGGCCAUCCGAGUGCCCCGCUUUCGGGGCAACUGGCUCGGCGGCUGGUCUCAGAAUGGCCGGACGCGCGAGCUCCACUACAUGGACCCGUCGGUGCUGCCGUCGCCCGAGGCCUACGAGCUGCUCGGCUGGCUCCUGGACGGAUCCUACCAGGCGCUUCCACCGUCGUGGGAGCGCCGCCGCGGCGCUGCUGACACAGCGGAGCCCGGCGAGCCGACGAGCUAGCUCCCUCGUCACACACGCGCACGGACGCAUGGAGAUCCGCGCGCGUGACACACACACACACACACACACACACACACACACACACACACACACACCACUCCAUACGCGAGCCCGCUCUCGCUCCGCCGCUCGUGCGCCCCGCGCGCAUGUCGGCCUUCUCAUGCCUCCGGCCUCCGAGCGCCCACCUCGGGCGCUCGGGCGGUUGGGGAUGGCAUAUCGGUUCCCUGGGCGUUCACUAGCGCUCGCUUGUGGGUGAGAACGGCGUUCUCUGGGUAAGCUCAGCUGUGAACUUCCCAGUUGUUUGCUCUCCCUCCCUCCCUUACCCUGUUCAUGACUUGCUAGCGGGACCUGAGUAUUGUAUAAGAAUACUGUAAGGC